GUGGAAGAGGACUUGCUCACCUCACGAAACAUCCCGACAUCACCCAUCAGUUCUCCAGCCACGUCACCCAGUACAACUUCAGCAUCAUUUUCAGCUGCAGAUUCUUCCUCUGGGUCGAAGCCAUCAUCAGCGAAUGUUACAACUACAGUUUCUUCCACUUCCUCACUAACCUCAAUUUUAGCUGCUUCAUCGACAUCAGCAGCCUCCCGCAAGUUAGCUCAACCACUAUCGAUAAGCAUUCCAUCGGCAGACGUGGAGCAAUGUUUCUUGGAGGCGUUCUCACAUGCUGAUCAGCUGUCACAAGAGAGUCUCCAAGUGCAAGAUAACUUCAGCUUAAGUGUUGAUGACUUCAUAGUUUUGGUGCUCGAGUUGCAAACUCUGUACAGGACAUUCUGCAGGCUGGAAAAUGUGAAGAAAAUCAACUGUUUGCCUCGUCUAAAGAAAUACUUCGAGAUGGCUAAUGACAAAAUGGAAAGUGAACGGAUCAAAGACUGGUCUUUCAGAGCUAUUCAUAAGGCAAAAUGCUUGUAUGAGAUGAAUUGCAAACGGGAAAACACACAAAAUGAUGAUCUGUCGAUUUGUGAGAAUGAGAAUCAAAAAAGCAAACAAGAAAACGAAAAACUGACUCCUGAAGAGUUUGCCGAUUAUCCCAAGCCAUCAUCUGCUUCACCGCCAAUUGAUGUCAGUCUGAAACCUCAACCGGAUAAUACAACUUCCUCACAACACAAACGUCGAGUGAAAGCCUAUGAAUCCAUUAAAGAAUUUCAGUCAUUACUAGCUGAAUUGCUUGUAGAGUUUGAAAACAAAGAAGCUUACUACAAAGACCUUCUUCUUAAAAAAAAAGAUGAAAAAACAGAGGGCACUGAUGAUGUAGCGUCUAAGAUGACGGAUGGUGAAGAAGAUGAUCUCUCACACGUCAAUCUCAUGAAACUUCUCCUCGAUGUUGAUAAGUCUAGCGAUUCGUUUGAAGAUGCGGAAAAAGAAGUUGAAUCCAUCGUUGAGGAUGAAUUCUUCUCAUGUCCAAGCACUGAUCUUUCACCACUCACUCCAGAAGUAAACCUGAAAAUUGAAUUCAAUGAAAAAGGGUUUGCAAUGCUCUCCAGUUCACCAGAUCAUCACCAUUUCAAGUCAUCCACUCACAAUCCUUCCAAUCAAAAAACUUUUCUCAAUGCCGUUAAAAAAGAAAUUAAUCUGUUGAAGGGCAGUCUUCCUCUGGGCAUUUUUGUCAAAGGAUACGAUUCCAGGAUGGACUUGUUCAGUGUGAUGAUAGAAGGCCCUACGCACACUCCGUAUGAAGAUGGUCUCUUCUUCUUCGAUGUCCAGCUUCCUUCAGAUUACCCCAAGAAUCCUCCAAAGUUCUUCUACGUCUCCUACUGCGCCGACCGAUUGAAUCCAAAUCUCUAUGAGGAUGGGAAGGUUUGCGUCAGUUUGUUGGGCACCUGGUUAGGGAAAGGAACGGAAAUUUGGAAUCCCAAAGAAUCGAAUCUCCUUCAAGUUCUUGUUUCUAUACAAGGUCUAAUCCUUAACCACGAGCCGUACUUCAACGAGGCUGGGUACGAACGGCAGAAGGGUACACAGGAGGGACAGGAAAACAGUCGCAUGUACAACGAGAUGGUACUCAUCAAACUUGUGCAGGCGAUGACCAAACUGUUACGCAGCCCACAUGUCGCAUUCGCCGAGGAAAUUUAUUGUCAUUUCCGUGAACGGUCUUCUAAACUAAUAACCAGAUUCAAGUCAUGGCUUCAGGAUGCAACAGAUGACCAGAAGCCAAGAUCGGUUCAAUUGGAGACCCACAUGCCUAAAUUUCCACUCUAUCCCAUGUCCAAGGGCUUUUUGUUGUCCCUUAACAGAUCUCUGAAUGAAUUCAUCUCGCUAGUCGCUUCCAAAAAUAUAUACUCAGAUACCACCAAAUAAGUAACUUACUCACGUGAUCAGGAAAGUGCGCAUUAUGUUUGUUCAAAUAUUAACGUAGUGUUGUUUCGUUUAAUUUUCUAGGUGUAAUAUUUUCAGUGUUAUUAGGUGAUUUUGUUAAUUUAAUAACAUUAAAAUUUAUGGUGAGUUACAAAUUUUCCUUAUUUAUGUGAAUCAAUCUAGCUAGUCUAAAUAAGUGAUUUUAACAUUUUUCGUGAUAAUUUCGCUUUUUCGAAAAUAAAGUUCUCUCAGUUA